GUACCUAAUAAUGCUGUAACAAGUCCUACAGUGGCACCACAGACAUCACUUCUGCCGCCAAAGCCAACACAGACACCUGUCACUGUACCUGAUGAUGCUGUAGCAAGCCCUACAGUGGCACCACAGACAUCACUGUUGCCACCCAAGCCAUCACAGACACCUGUCACUGUACCUGAUGAUGCUGUAGCAAGACCUACAGUGGCACCACAGACAUCACUUCUGCCGCCAAAGCCAACACUGAUACGUAUCCCUCUACCUAAUGAUGCCUUAACAAGCCCUACAGAGGAACCACAGUCAUUUCUUUUGCCACCAAGGCAACCGCCACCCAAGCGUCCACCUACUUGCAAGGAGCGUCUGAUGAUGGAGAGGAUCAAGAGUCUAAAGUCACGGGUGGCCAAGCUGAAGGCAGAAGUAAAGGAACUGAAGAAAAGCAGCAAAGUAGAUACCAUGGAAGCACUUAUGAAUCAGCUGAAGAAACUCCUACCAGCCCAAACCUUUGCUUUCGUCAGUGCACAAAUCCGUGAAUCACAGCACAAGUCGAAUAAUUUCCGGUGGACUGCUCAGGACAAAGAACUAUUUUUGCCCCUGCUACGAGCCAGUCCAAAGUGUUACAAGUUACUGUCCAACAUUGUUCUUCUGCCAACUGCCCGUACUCUACAGAAGUAUGUGCAGUCCACUGGUUUCAAAUCUGACCAAAAUAGUCUUGCCAUGACGAAGCAGACGAAGCAGAAGAAGACCACUAAGCCUAUAGAUGAGUCAGUCGGGACGGAAGAUGUGUCCCAUCACCCCACCUGACCUCUCUCACCUGGGUGGAUUCGGCCGUGCGGAGACUCUUCCCACACACAGGACACUCCUUACAACCAGUGCUACCUCAGUGCCACCUCUGAUAAAGUUGGACAUGCUUUGUAACCAUAACAAGACAAAACACAAGACAAUGUAUAUGUCACGAUCCUGCCCUGGAUCUCUAGAUCCAGGUUCAUGUUUGUUUCUUGUGUAUUAUGUAUUAUGUGCCCUGUAGUGGUUUGUCUUUGUAUUUUGCCAUGUUUUCUGUUCCUUGUCACUUCCUGUGUCAUGUACCAUGUAUUCCUUUGUUUACCCUGGUCAUGUGCUUUUGUUCCUUGUCUCUGCCCCUCCCCUGAGCCAUGUUCCCUAAUUAUUGCCUUGAUUGCUUUCCACCUGUGCCUUGUCAGUCCUGUUAAGUGUGUAUUUAAACCCUGUCUUGUGUGUGCUUUGCUUUGCUAGAUUAUUUCGUCUCUUGUCAGGUUUGUGCAUGUUCUCGUCCAGUUUGCUAUUGUCGGUCUAAGACUUCAUGUUCUUGUUAAGUCUUCUGAAGAGUUUUUGUGUGAAAGAAGACCCAUUAAAAUAUAGUUUGAAUCCACUUCGGUUCCUCUGAGUCUGCGUUUGGGUCCAAUCUGCAAUCCUGGUCUGCUGGCCGUGACAGUAUACAUUGUAUCCUCCAUUUGUAUAUACAAAAGUGUCCUCCAUUUCACAUUCACAAUGGCUUUGUGCACUAUUGGCACCAGAUCAGCUUCAUGAGAUCACCUAUGCUUGCCAUUUAACAGGAUACAGAGCUUUUUGUUGGUCAGUGUUCUCCUCUUUACAUUAGACCCUGAUCAGCGGCCCCACUAUGUUUAGGGUAUGGUAUCAGCAAAUACUCAUUUCAUCCAUCAUUUCUAAAUUAAUUCAUUACAGUAACUUUUAAAUCAUCUUUACUAGUGUGGUAUUUAAAGUGUGGUAGAUUUUCAAGUGUCGGUGUAAAAGUAAAAGUUUUUUUUAAAUGCAGAAACGAAGCAAUUGUAUCAUGAACGCAGCGCCUUUUUUAAUAAUUAACUUUAAGCGAACCAUGAACUUAGGAGUGGUAUGCUGAAAUCGUCAUUCAUUACUGCAUGUGAUACCUGAGGUAUGAACAUACAAGGUACAUGGUGUGUUGAUUGCACAUUUUAAAUCAAUGUAUGGUUACAGAACACUUUCUUCUAGAUGCAUUCUUUAUGCAGUAUAUUUAUAUUUAUGGCAGUGGUUUAAUUAAUGUAACAGUAUUAAGACAAACAAUCUUUGUCAGUUUACAGUUUAAAGUUGUUUUGCUAUUUUCUAUUCCAGGUGUCAAACGCCAGAUGUGUUUCCAGCCCAGGUCACAUCCAGUAAUGAUUAUUUCUGUUUUUCUUCUAUUUCAGAGAACUCUUAAGAAUUUGAAUCCCAAAAGUGGAAGAUUAGUACUGUGUCUGACCUCAUGUUUCAUCUGAAACAUGUCUCUGAACCUCGCUUAACAGAAGAGAUUUAUUCCUGAUUUCUGGUGGCAGUAAACCAUAGCAGUCACUUUGACUUCGACUGUGUUUUGACUGAACUGAUGGAUAAGAAGAAGGAAGAAGAGAGAAGAGCAGAGGAGAGGAAGAUGAAGGUGCAGAAGCAAAGAGAGAUUAUCCGAUCAUCAGCAGGUGGCGUUCCACAUAUUUCAGAUAUGAGGAUUGUAUUGCUGGGAAGCAGAGGUCAAGGGAAGAGCGCAUCAGGAAACACUAUCCUGGGCAAAGCAAAGUUCAACACCUCCGCAUUAACAGCUGAGUGUGUGAAGAGAGAAGAAGACACUGCAGGGAGACACAUCACUGUAGUGGAGGCACCAGGAUGGCGGGAGAGCCAUCCAUUAGAGGCGACUCCUGAACGUGUUAAACGAGGGAUUGUCCUCAGUGUGUCUCUCUGUCCCCCAGGACCCCAUGCUCUACUACUGGUCAUUGAUAUGAGGUCAUCCUGCUCAUUCACAGAGACGCACAGAAGAGUGGUGGAGGAACAUCUGGAGUUGCUGGGUGACAGAGUCUGGAGUCACACUAUAGUGCUGUUCACUUUUGGGGACUGGCUGGAUGCCAGAGAGGUAACGAUUGAAGAGCUAAUCGAGAGUGGAGGGGAGGCUCUGCAGUGGGUUGUAGAGAAAUGUGGGAACAGGUAUCAGGUUGUAGAGAAUUACCAGCUUUACAGUUAUGGUGACCCAGUGGCAGAGCUGCUGGAGAAGAUAGAAGAGAUGGUGGUAGGAAACAGUGGCAAUCACUUUGACUUGAACAAACGAGAAGAGAAGGAGCAAUCUACAUCAUUUUAGUCCAGAUGGAUAAAUUAGAUCUAGACUAAAAUGAUCCUUGAGAAGAAAGACUCUUGUUAUAUGAUAUAUGUGAUUGAUACAUUGUGGUUGAGUAUUGAUUGGACUCUAAAGGGACUGUAUGAAAAUCAUUGUUAAAACCAAAUGAUAAAGCACACCUAAUGCAACAAUA